CUUUUCCACGAGUCUCGAAUUUCCCGUCUCGCAAAGGACCUGCAAUGACCCUCAUAGGAAUGUGGGCUGUCUGAUCAAGGGGACUUCCAACAGACACCACAGGCUACGCCCGGCCUAGCCACAACCAGUUUCUGCCACUAACUAGGGCUGUCACUCUCUUAAAGCCAGGGUACAGUACUAAGUACGGAUACUGUCUCCAACUCGAGCCGCUCUACUCUUCUCCCCGCACACCCCGGCAACUGCUUCGUAAAAUCUACCGAUGAGCCGGGAAUUCCCCAAUUUCUCAGGCUAAAUAAAUACUUAUUGCCGGAGUGCAGCCUCUGUCAAGGUUUCAUUUCCGUGCACUCUUUCCCCCCUGCAUUGCGCAGCGUCGCCUCACAAUGGACAUCGAAAAGGGACCCCUGAGUCCGGCCCAGCACACCUCAAGGUCAUUCUCAGACGCAGGUAAAGACAACGAACCAAUCGACCUAGAACAGCUGGGCGAGAGAGAAGGUUAUGUCCUGGAUACAUCGCUGGCGCAGCACGAGGGUCUUAAAACGACACCCGACGGCAAGACAGUCCUCAUUCCCCAGCCGAGUGAAUCGCCAAAUGAUCCUCUGAACUGGUCCUCUUUCAGGAAACACCUGAUCCUGAUUAUUAUUUCCGCGGCGGCGUUUUUACCGGACUAUGGGAGUGCGACUGGUGCUGUUACGCUGAUUCCGCAGGCUGCAGCGUGGAAUAUGACCCAGGACUACGUCAACCACUCGCAGGUCGGAAACGUGUUCAUGCUUGGAGCCGGAGGCCCGUUUGUCGUUGCGCUGGCGGCAUACUUUGGCCGGUUCCCCGUUCUCUUCUGGUUUAUUGUCCUUGCGCUUGCCACAGCGAUUUGGUGUGCUGCUGCGCAGUCAUUUGAGUCGUUUAUGGCUGCACGCAUCCUGAACGGGUUCUUCUCGACCGUUGCACAAGGCGGCGGUUUAAUGUUCAUAAAAGACAUGUUCUUCUUCCACGAACAAGCGCGCAAAAUCAACAUCUGGUCCGCCUUCAUCGUGCUCUCGCCAUACAUGGGCCCGAUGCUCGCGGCCUUCAUAACAAGCACCCAGAUCUGGCAGUGGGCGUUUGGGGUGUACGCGAUCGAGACGGGCCUGUGUUUAAUUGCGAUCGCGCUCUUCGUGGAGGAAACAUAUUACGAUCGCAAGAAUAGACAGUUUGAACUGGUCCCUAAUGCGCCGAGAUGGAAGCGUAUGCUGGGGAUUCAGCAGAGGCAGACGGGGUAUAUUGUUAACACGCCGCUUGAUGCGGCGAUGAGGCCGCUGAAGGUCCUGGUUAAACCGGUGAUGUUUUUGUCUAUGCUUUAUUACAUGCUUACCUUUGCCUGGGUGGUUGGUGUUAACACGACAUUGUCGAUAUUCGUUGGGCCGUUGUAUGGCUUUGGUCCGAAGCAGAUUGGCUUCUUCUACUUCACCCCCGUGGUCGCAGCCAUCCUCGGCGAAAUAUCCGGCCACUGGCUACACGACUUCGUGGCAGCCCUCUCCUCAAAACGAAACAACGGCCGUCUCGAACCCGAAGCCCGGCUGCUGGCUAUCUACAUCGCAUUCCCAUUCAUGAUCGCGGGCUUAGUCCUGCUCGGCUUCGCGCUGGAAGAAGAAUACCACUACAUGCUGACAGCACUGGGAUGGGGGUUAUAUGUCUUCGGCAUCAUGAUCGUGACUGUUGCAGUGAACGCGUACGUGCUUGACAGCUACCCCGAGGCGAGUGGGGAGGUUGCGGCGUGGAUUAACUUUGGGCGGACGGCUGGUGGGUUUAUUGUGAGUUAUUUUAUGGUCGAGUGGGCUGGGAAACAAGGCGCGAAGAGGCAGUUUGGGACGAUGACGGGGAUUGUAGGGUUUGCGUUUUUCAUGGUUAUUUUUCUGGGGGUUUUUGGGAAGGGGUUGAGGAGGUGGGCUGGACCGGUGCAUUUUAAGACGGCAUAAUUAUUACAUUGGUUCGUAUGAGAGUGGUGGAUAUGUGCAGGCUGUAUAGUUAGACAGGUAUGUAUAUAAUAGUGGGAAGGAAUCUGCUUCAUAUAAGCUC